GAUUCGAGUUCAUGCGUGCGCCGCCGCGGCCAAGGUGGCGAACGCGCGGGGAGGAGGAGAGCUCGCCGCCGCCGGCGGCGGCGUCGAGGAGGAGGACGAGCAGGAGGGCCGGCCGCCGCCGGCGGCGGCGUGGUGGAUGCUGUCCGGGUACGAGCGGAGCCAGGAGGCGUCCGUGAUGGUGGAAGCGCUGGCGAGGGUGGUCGCGGGCGGGGAGCCUCGCCGGGAGGGUGUCGCAGUCGCGCCGGCGGCGGGCGGCUGGCAGGGCUACGGCGAGAUGGCGCCGCCGCCUCACGAGUACGGCAGAGCAGCGACGCCGGCGCAGCACUCGCCCGCGGCGUCGGCGUCGGCGGGCCCGAACGGGGAGAUCCCGUCGCCGUCCUCUGCGGAGAGCAGCGGCGGCGGCGGGCCGCGGCGGCGGUACCGCGGCGUGCGGCAGCGGCCGUGGGGGAAGUGGGCGGCGGAGAUCCGGGACCCGCACAAGGCGGCGCGCGUGUGGCUGGGCACCUUCGACACCGCCGAGGCGGCGGCGCGGGCCUACGACGAGGCGGCGCUCGGGUUCCGCGGCAGCCGCGCCAAGCUCAACUUCCCGGAGUCCGCCGCGCUCCGCCCGCCCUCGGCGCCGCAGGCGGCGGCCGCGGCUCCUCCUCCUCCUCCGCCGCCGCCGCAGAGGCCGGAGGCGCUGCUGGAGUCGCAGGCGCUGGCGGGCGGCGGGGAAGAGGAGUACUCGGAGUACGCCCGGUUCCUGCAGGGCUCCGGCGAGCCGCCGCGCUUCCUCGAGCAGACGGUGGCCGCGCCCGCCGCGGCGCCGGGCUCGCCGUCGUUCCCGGUGUUGUUGAGCUUCGGAGCGAGUGGAAGCGACGGCGCGGCGAGCCAUCAGUGGUGGCCGGAGGGGAACCGCUCCGGAGGCGACGGCGUGGCGCCACCGCCGGCGACAUGGGCGGGCUCGGGGUGGUGGCCCGCGCCGCCGCGGGACCCGUCGGCAGGGUGACCCGCGUCGCCGCAGGGAUCGAGUUCCGGGCUUCCGGCCGUCCCUGCAUCCCUGAUCCGAAUUUUUGGCCCGUAUUUCUCCACGUCCGUUGACACGGGGACUGAUUUUGAUCCGAGAAUACACAUUCCUUCAUACGGCAUGUAGAAUCUUGUUAGGUGUAGCGGUAGAUACCUUUUCUUCUUUCGUCUUUGAGAUGACGAGAGAUGCAUUUGUAUUCGUGGAUUCUUUUCGAAUAAGCUUUUCGUUGCUUUUCCGGUGAGCAAA